AUGGAGACUCACCCAAAGGUAAAUCAUUCGCCAGCUCCACCAGCCUUCUCGAUUGACGACCAAGAAAUUCUUGACAACAUAGAUGGCCGCAUGCACGGCCCCAUGAGCGGAUUUAUCAAGAAAUACUUCGGUAAUUUUCGAUAUGUCCACCACGAUGCUUUGUUGGAAAUUCAGGCAGCCGGAAGAGUGACUAGCCGCUGUGUCGUUCCAUCAGCUGCCCCAGCACCCAACAACUUCCUACAAUGGUUUUCCAACUAUGUAUUGCAUCAGGUUGACGGCGCUCGAGGCUCGUGGCAUAUAUCUAGCGACAGUGUAGCACCCAAGCAUGAGAAUGCUAAGAACGGUACGCGUCUCCUCUUAACCAUUCCCACUUUGCCGGCCUCCGACACACAAACGAUAUGGGACCAUGUUCAGGUUAUUGGCCAUUUUUACCAUCCUGGUUGUGUUGAUUAUCAAGAUGGGCUCCUGCGUCUCUGCCGGUCUGUACACCAGGUCUUCGCCAGUCAGCCUACGCGGCUCUUCUUACAUGGUUUCUACAUUCGCGGUUCACUAAUCGAACUCUGGGUCUUUGAUCGAUCUGGCCUAUAUUGCAGCGACGUAUUCGAUGUCCGGAAAGAUUUCACGCGAUUUCUCUCGAUUAUUCUCAGCUACCAGCGAAUGACGGACCAGGAGCUGGGGAAUCUCAACAUCUUUGAGACGGACAAUGGCGGCAGCUACAUUAUUCUUGAUAGUGUAGCGAUGCCCUCUUUGGGAAAGCUUUAUCUCGAAAGCCAGCCAAUUGCGUCCCGUGAAGGGCUUGUUGGCAACGGCACCACUUGCUACCGAGCUAGAAUGCCCGAUUCGAAUCGUUGGGAUUACGUCUUGAAGUUCAAAUGGCGUUGGGCCAGGGCGCGUCCCGAGGAUGAGCUUCUAAGGCUAGCCAAGAAGAAAUGCGUGUGGGGUGCCGUCUCUGUUGAUUAUUACAAGGAACUGGAGACUACAGCAAACCUACGUCGAAGUCUCCGGUGGGGGACCCUUAAAAAAUUCAACAGGAUGCACUCGAGAGAGAAAAAUGGAAGUGUCCAAGAGCAACAACAGGAAGUAACUUGGAGCGCCGACGGACUUGCCAAAUAUACAGAAGAAACCGACGACUUCUUUCAAAAUCGUAUCCUUGCUUGCAUCGUUACUUCUCCUGUUGGCCGACCCCUUCACACUUUUCAGUCUCUAACAGAAGUACUGCAAGUAUUCCGUGACGCUAUAAAGUGUCACCGAUCACUCUGCCAUGACGCCAAGAUUCUUCACCAAGAUAUAUCCCCUGGGAACAUGAUCAUUCUGGAUGACCAAGAUGAAGGGAAGCCGAAGGGGAUCCUGAUAGACCUCGAUUCCGCAAUAGAGCUCACCGAAGAAUUAGAAACGGAAUUUGGAAUCACCGGCACCAGACCAUUUAUGGCCAUUGGCGUCCUGAAGGGUGAACGUCAUACUUAUCGGCACGACCUCGAGUCCUUCCUUUACGCUUUCCUAUGGACAAUCAUAACGAACCACGCCGAUGAUCCCCCAGAGGCAAGCAAGCUCCGACAAUGGAGCAAUGGUUACUGGAACCAACUAGCGGUACGCAAGUCUCUUGACAUGGAUCAGGAUAACUUUCAGAGUAUUCUAGACGAAUUUCCUCCCGACUUUCACCCGCUUAAGCCGCUCGCCGAAAGUCUCCGCCAAAUUCUGUUUCCUCUACGAGAUGGGGUAAUUUGGACAGGGACCGACGGCUUGCCUGAAGCAGUAGACAAGCUCUAUGAUCGAAUGAUCCGCGCGUUCGAAGAGGCCAUUGCUUCUGAGGGAGAGAGAUAUGAGAUAGACACGGGAAAGUAA